UCCGUAGCAGGUGACUCCCAUUGCACCCUGCCAGCAGCGGAGGAGCUAAGCGCAGCUAUCCGCCAUAGCAACAGUUAGCAGUAAGUGCACCGAGUGUGUACGAGCCUUCACUUACUACUAUACACAAUGAAGAAAUUAAGAAGACCCAAAUCCUGACAUCCACACUGUGGUCAGUGACGGUCUGUGGUGGUGUCAGUGACUGACAUGGACGCAAGUGACAACAAGGAUGUGAAACUGUCAGCAGAAGUGGAACCAUUCAUCCCACAGAAGAAAGGUCUUGAAGGGUCCCUUGUUGGUAUGAGUCUUUCCGGAGAAGCAGCUGGUGGAGGAGGAGGCGGCGGCGGAGGGGUGGAAACCACUCCCAUACCCAGCUAUCUCAUCACCUGUUACCCUUUCGUCCAAGAGAACCAACCCAACAGGCAGCAUCCUGUGUAUAAUGGAGGGGAUCUGCGAUGGCAGCAACCAAACCCCAGUCCUGGUGGUCCGUACCUGGCUUACCCAAUCUUGUCUUCCCCCCAGCCUCCUGUGUCCAGUGACUACACUUACUAUCAGAUUAUGCCUGCUCCGUGCCCACCUGUUAUGGGCUUCUACCAGCCCUUCCCUGGCACCUACACAGGACCUGUGCAGGCUGGGAUGGUCAGUCCUGUUUCCGCAGAUGUUGGUGAAAGGCCUAUGCCACUUGGUCCUGCAUAUGGAUUGGCAAAUCAAAGAGGGAGGGGAAUGAUCCGACCAAAUGCUGUUCCAAAGCAGCAGUUGAGUGUGUGCCAGCCUCCAAGGGGUCGCCGGCCCCCAACAAGGAGUGUUGCUGUGCAGAAGGAGGUGUGCACAGUGGGACCUGAUGGAAGGACCAAGACAGUCAUGCUGGUAGACGCAGCACAGCAGACGGAUUUCUCCAGUGACGUGUCAGUGCGGUGUUCUAAUGACCGGCUUAGCCCCCUGCUGUGGAAGAAUCGAACAAAGAGAAGAAGGGCGUCUCAUCCAGCAGAAAACUACAAUGAGCAGGGUGCCAGUGAGGCAGAUAUAGACAGUGAUAGUGGCUACUGUAGCCCCAAACACAACCAGGCAGCAGGACUAACGCCACGUUCAGCAGAACCCACGGCAGCAACUGUGGGAAUUGAGACUGGCGUAAUGACUGCAGGGUCCUGGGUGAGUGUCGCUUCACAAGCUACCCAGAAGUCCUGGGGAGACAGAAACGGCCAGUUCCACAGAGGUGACCACAGGAAGAACCCAGAACAGAGAAACUUCUCACAGGAGUUUCAUAGUGGUUAUCCAGGGCGUGCUCAACCCAACCUGAAUCUCAAGUCAAACCAAGCGGAACAAAGGCCAGCGGUGAUGUUUGGCACUGAGCUCACACCAGAGCCUCUGUACUUUGAGGAUGAAGAUGAGUUUCCAGAUCUGGCAGCUGGAGCUGCUGCUCAACGUAAUGGUAAACAAGAUUCUACCCCAGUACAGACACAGACACAACCUAAACUCCCCAAAACCCUGUUGGAAAACCUACCAGAAAACUCACCCAUCAGCAUAGUACAGACACCUAUCCCUAUCACGACCUCUGUUCCUAAGAGGGCCAAGAGCCAGAGGAAGAAGGCCCUGGCUGCUGCCUUGGCUACUGCACAGGAGUAUUCUGAAAUCAGCAUGGAACAAAAGAAGUUACAGGAGGCACUUACCAAAGCAGCAGGGAAGAAGAGUAAAACUGAUGUUGAGCUGGACCUGGGAGACAUGCUGGCUGCUCUGGAGAAACAGCAACAGGCCCUUAAGGCCAAGCAGCUCACGAACACCAAACCUCUGUCUUUUACAGUUGGUACAACUGCUCCAUUCUGUGGUUCACGUUUGACUGAGGUGCCGUCCGUGUUGAAGGGUCAUCAGCAGCCGUAUUCGUUCCCACACAACAUCCUGGAUUCCACUGCACCCCGUAUCAAGAAGGGAAAGGAGAGAGAGAUUCCCAAAGUCAAACGGCCAACAGCCCUUAAAAAGAUCAUUUUAAAGGAACGUGAGGGGAAGAAGGGAAAGACGAGUGCAGAACAAGAGUCUUCAGCACAGGAGGAACAUGACGAGGAAUGUCUUGAGUUUUCUGAUGAUCUUGCACGUGAGCCCGCCUCUCAAGAAGAGAAUGGUCUGAGUGUGCCAAGUGAUGCAUCCCUUUCUCCGGCCAGUCAGAACUCGCCGUGUAGCAUCACACCAGUGUCACAGGGUUCCCCGGCUAGCUCUGGUAUCGGAAGCCCCAUGGCUUCAAAUGCCAUCACCAAGAUCCACAGCAGGCGUUUCAGAGAGUACUGUAAUCAAGUACUAAGCAAAGAAAUCGAUGAGGGCGUAACUCUGCUGUUACAGGAGCUGGUUCGCUUCCAAGAACGGGUCUACCAGAAAGAUCCCACCAAGGCCAAGUCCAAACGCAGACUGGUCAUGGGUCUCAGAGAGGUCACCAAGCACAUGAAGUUGCAUAAGAUAAAGUGUGUCAUCAUCUCGCCAAACUGUGAGAAGAUCCAGGCCAAAGGUGGUUUGGACGAAGCUUUGUACAACGUCAUUGCCAUGGCGAGGGAGCAGGAGAUACCGUUUGUCUUUGCCCUGGGAAGAAAGGCUUUGGGACGCUGUGUAAACAAACUAGUACCAGUUAGUGUCGUUGGAAUCUUCAACUUUUCUGGAGCUGAGGGUCUGUUCAAUCAUUUGGUGUCUCUGACUGAAGAGGCCCGGAAAGCCUACAAGGACAUGGUGUCGGCACUGGAGCAGGAGCAAGCUGAGGAGGCACUGAAGAAUGUUAAGAAAGUGGCACAUCACAUGGGUCAUUCUCGCAACCUCUCCGCAGCGUCUGCCAUCUCGUUUUGCUCUGCCACCUCUGAGCCAAUCUCAGAGGUCAAUGAAAAGGAGUAUGAGACCAACUGGAGAAGUAUGGUGGAGAUGUCAGACGCCCCGGAUCCUGCAGAGGCAGAGCCACGUCGUCCUGCACCUUCCACCGCCUCGCAGAGAGACGGCCAGGCUCUGAUACCCCCCAGCGGCGCUCCCCCCAGCUCCUCCGCUCACAGGAGCGGGCCGCUGUCGCUGGGCGAGAAAGACGAGGUCCGCGUUGACGACCGGCUGGAGCUGGCCUCUCAGCAGAGCACAGAGACGGGCUCUCUGGAUGGGAGCUGUCGGGGCCCGCUGAACUCCUCCAUUACCUCCACCACCUCCACCCUGGUCCCCGGGAUGUUGGAGGAAGCAGCAGAGGAAGAUGAGGAGGAAGAGGACUACAACCCCAAACCGCUUUCUGUGGAGGUGCCCACCCUCAGCAGCCGCAUCGAAACCUGGGUGUCCAAAACCCUGGAGAACCUGCAGCUGGGAAAGAGCCAGGACUGUACGGAAGAAGAAGAGGAGGAGGAGGAGGAGGACGACGACGAAGAGGAGGGAGGACAGAGUGAGGAGGAGGAGGAGGAAGAGGAGGAGGAGCUUGAUUCAGCGGACAUCACAGAGACGAGGAUAGAGAGCGAAGAGAAGGUGGAGGAUGCAAAGAUCGCAGGCUGAUGUCACUUCCUCUUUCUCUUCAGACUAACACUCAUUCAUUCUUUCAUGGCUUUCAUAAGAACCAGCGUCUUUCCCCGCCCCCUCUCCCCACUGUGCCCCGCCCCUUUCUAACCAAUUACCCUACAUGAUCUCAGGUAUCCAACAAAAUGACCGCAUACCACGGUGUCAUAUUACAGAGAACCGGAACUUACAGUCUGAGGGCUGACGUUCUUACAAACACACACUAAGCUCAAAUUAAAAGGGCGUCUUAAUUCUUCAGCCCUUGACUUGUUUACACUUGAACUUAGAGCUGCGUUUGAACCCUGCCCACCUGUCAGGGGGAACUCCUCUGGAGUCCAAGGCACAGUGCUUGUGGAGGAGAAAGAGCAGCGCCUAUCUGUGGAAGCCUGUUUCUGCCAGCCCAAAUCUUUAGUAGUAAUUAGCAGAUGGCUUAAUGUCGGUUAUGGAGUAGGUGUUGCCGAUGUCCACAUUGCCUGCAUGUUUUCUUUCUUAUGCGUGUAAUGAGGUUUGGACCCAAGGGUGAAAAUACCAUCAUGAUAUCAAACGCCUGAAGUCUUAAUGCUGCGUCACUUGUGAUCAACACCAAAGGCAUUAAUGUUAAAAAGUAAAACUGCCAUAAUGAAAGUCAUUAGUAGCUAUAGAAAGCUGUGUGGACCAUGAAGUGAAACUCGUGAGGGCCUGCAUCACUCCCUUUAUAAAUACAUGCAUGGGCCGUGAAACUAUUUAGGAACGAUAGAAUGAUUCAGUGCAAUCCAAAACUAUUCUUUUAAUGUAGACAUUCAUUUCCUGUGAAAAUUUCAAACAAGCCAAAAUUAGAAUUACUUGCCUUUUUAAAUUAAAUGCACAUUUAUUCCAUGGGGGGGGGCAUCCUCCUUCAGAUUUGACUAGUGUAUACGUUGAUACAUAGUCAAACUUUUCACCACAUUCAGUAGCAGAAACCACAACUUGAACAGAGCCCAGAAGAACAAGCUAGUUGCUGUUAGCAUAGCGUAACCUUCCCAUUCUGAACUGAUAUGACCUCAUUAACAAAAUGUGAACUGAACAUAAAGCUCAAACGGGUACAUUUAUCCCUUUUGCCGCCUACCACUAUCAGACAUGUUGGCUUUUGUUUUUACAUCGCAGAGUUAAUGUUCCUCUGGUCAGUCUCAUUCUGGAAGUCUGACAUCUGGGCCAGUGGUCAUGUGACCUGCAUAACAACACCGCUGCCAUAUUUGACUUGGUGAAAUUGGAGUGAAGUGCACUUUGUGUAUUGUAGCAGUCCUGAUGCUGUAAAUAUGCCAAAAGGGUGUUGUGUAGCUGUACAGCCAGUUCAAAAAAAUACAUGGGCCUAAAGUUCAGCAUUAUACCGUAAUCUGAUUAAAGGAGAGAGAAAAUGGCUGAGGGCGAUAAACAGGUAUAACGUGAAGGCUUAGGGUGAUCCUCUACAGUAUGCUAAAAAUAAAAAUGUGACUUUAAGGAGCUUCCUGACAAAAUUGUUCAUCUUGAUGAGAAAAUGUUUUGGACAAAAUUUUAUUUCGAUACGACUAUUCUAACCACUGCCGCACACGAGGUGGAAAUUGCAAUGCUUGAGCAUAUAAAGCCCCGGUCACACGGCAAUUGACUGAAUGAAGGAAAAAAGUCCCAAACUCACAAAUCGUUGAGAAAAAGUGGACGAAUGAGCCAGCACUUCUCCCAUCGCCGAAAACCUGAGUGCAGGGAGUAUAAAAGACCAAAACUAACAAAAGAAAAACGAAGCAAACAGUGACCUUGACGCUGUGAUCAUUUCUGCAGCGAGUAUGUACUCUCCAUAGCCACCUGCAGCUGUGUUCUCUUGACAACAGGUUUGCCUUCACUACGUGUGCGCACAUGCACGUUGCAGCCACAGAAGGCUAGAACGUGCGUAAAUAGUUAAAGUAGUUGAUCAAACGUCCUUGUCGCUGUUAUUUCUGUAUGAAAACGUUGCUUUUCGUCCCACACGUGGACAGGUCACAUUCAGCUUGUUGGAUGUUUAGUUAUUGAUCUGUUCAGAUAUCAUCAGUGUUCAUGCAAGACAGCAGACUUGGGAGGUUGGAUGACAGUCAAACGGAACGCUGACAUAAGUGAACAAUGCAAACGAUGAGGAACCGUCAAGACAGAAAGCAAAACAGAAUACGGAUGAAUUGAGGCCGUUAUCAGGAAUCAUUCACAUUUUUGAUGAAGCACUAGCUACAGAAACAAAGGUGGAUGACGGUUAAACAAUGUCUCCGAAAGUAAACGCAAGUACAAAUUUCUUGUUUCAUUUUGGCUUUGGUGUCCUUCAUUAGUGUCGUGUGACCGGGGCUUUAGUGCAAACUAGCGAUAGUAAUGUACCUGAUCACUAUGAAAUACAAAUUGAAAUCACAAUCCUUUCUCCUUUAACUGACCAUACAGGAGAGAGAACAAAGUAUUACAUGUCACUGUCCACCUAUUUGGUGAAAAUAAACAGUCAUGGGGAGUGGCGUUUGGUUCCGAUUUUCUUUGCCUCUACGAACUGACGCCGAUGCCACUCAACAUCUUGCAGUAGGUAUUUUUGCUGCUGUUCAUCCUUCAUUAGGAUUUGAUUGUAAGUGCAGCUCCUCACUCAGCAAAAUCAUUGACAGCAACAACAUUAUCCAGGACCUGCUGAUGACAGGUCGUCCUCCCACUCUGACGGGUCCCUAAUGAGGAAGUCCAUGUUGAUGUUGAAUGCCUCAAAAAUGUGAUGUGAGGAAGAUGGAACAAAAUCUGCCACUAAUUAACUAAUGUAUCCAGUCCAUAACUCAAAAUGUCAUUCGGACAUCACAGAAAACGGGCCGCGCAUUUGUGGUUAAUAUUUUUCAAAUCUCAUGAAAAUUCACCCAAUUUAUUUUUACCCCUAAAGGAACCCAAAAAAAAGCACCUCCUUGAACAAGUUGAAGUUUGUUUUUCGGGACCACCCUAAUGAAGGCUGUAUACACGCAUCAUAUCCUUAAACGUAAAACAAUUUUACAAAUAUUAUUGAUGUCAAUAAAUGACGUACUUAUGUGGAGACAUGAUGAAGUAAUUGUAAAAAUCUAGUAUUCCACAUGUGGCCGUUGUGAAGGAUUGUUCACUCACACGCCUGCUGGCAGCUUAUAAGUAUGGGCCAUUAUUGUAGCAAAAAUAUUUGCA